GCGAAUGAGUGCGGGUAGAAGUGUGCCUCUGUUUGGAAAUACUCAGACGAGCAGUCACGGCGCUGAAGCUGUUCGCGGAGUUGUCAGGUGGCUUUUACGCUUCUCUAACGCGUCUUAGCUUGAUAUCCAAAGGGAUUUUAUAAGAACUGUACCAAAUGAACACCAUAAUAGAGAAGAAGAAGCACACCGCGCUCAGGUGUUCAGAGAGAUAAGGACUGGACCUCACUAUAACUGCAGGACCUGGGACAUACAAACAUAAACCAGAACUCAGACAUUUCCUGGAUUCAUUCUUUGAAUUCAGCUCAAAGUUUCUUCUAGACAGUUUGGAGCAAGCAGUGACCUCUUCAAGCGUGUCUUUCUGAAUUCAACGGCUGCACCAUGCAUUCGGGCAGUCUAUGGUCAGUUCAGGUUCUCCUGGCUCUAUCUGUCCUAACAUUGGGUUCGGACAGCGAACCUCAGAAUGCCCCUCGAGUCUUCUUGUCCUUCAAAGAUCUGAGGUCUACUGGUACAGCCCAUCACUUCUCUUUCCUGUUGAACACAUCAGACUAUCGCAUCCUGCGCAUGGAUGAGGAUCACGACCGCAUGUAUGUGGGCACCAAAGACUAUAUCCUUUCUUUGGACCUCCAUGACAUCAACCGAGAACCCCUCAUAAUACACUGGCCUGUUUCUCCACAAAGGAAAACGGAGUGUGUUUUAAGUGGCAAAGACACAAACGGCGAGUGCGGUAAUUUCAUCCGUCUGAUUGAGCCUUGGAACAGGACGCACUUGUACGUGUGCGGGACAGGCGCCUACAACCCAGUGUGCACUUAUGUCAACAGAGGACGCAAGCCUAUGACCGCCAUGCAUCUCCAGAUGCCCCAGACCAGAGGCAGAUCUAGUCGUGCAGCGGAACCUGAAAUAGUGUUUGAUGAGACCGGACUACAGGAAUAUGUCUUCCAUCUGGAGACCGGCAAGGAGGAUUCUGGGAAGGGAAAGUGCCCAUAUGAUCCAAAACUGAACAGUGUCUCCACUUUGAUUAAUGGAGAACUGUAUGCAGGGGUGUAUAUUGAUUUCAUGGGGACAGACUCUGCUAUUUUCCGAACUUUGGGGAAAAACACAAUCAUGCGUACUGACCAAUACAACUCAAGAUGGCUGAAUGACCCUUCAUUUGUCCAUGUGCACCUUAUCCCUGACAGCAAUGAAAAAAACGAUGACAAACUCUACUUUUUCUUCCGCGAGAAGUCUUCCGAGAUGGGCCAGAGCCCCAAAUUACAGUCACGCAUCGGCCGAAUCUGCCUGAACGAUGAUGGCGGUCACUGCUGCUUGGUCAACAAGUGGAGCACCUUCCUGAAAGCCCGUCUCAUCUGCUCGGUCCCAGGAGCUGAUGGGAUUGAAACGCAUUUCGACGAGCUCAGGGAUGUGUACAUACAACCUACACAGGACACUAAAAAUCCCAUCAUCUAUGGGGUCUUCUCUGUGUCUGGCUCUGUAUUCAAAGGCUCAGCGGUCUGUGUCUACUCAAUGGCAGACAUUCGGAUGGUGUUCAAUGGACCUUUUGCUCACAAAGAAGGUCCUAAUUAUCAAUGGGUGGCCUACACUGGAAAAAUCCCCUACCCUCGUCCAGGAACAUGUCCUGGUGGGACUUUCACCCCCAACAUGAAGUCCACGAAAGAUUACCCCGACGAGGUCAUCAACUUCAUGCGGAACCAUCCUACCAUGUACAAUACAGUGUAUCCGGUGCACAAGCGCCCCCUGGUGGUCAGGACCAACGUAGACUAUGAGUUCACCACCAUCACUGUGGACCAGGUGACUGCUGCCGAUGGCAACUACGAAGUGCUCUUCCUGGGUACAGACAGAGGUACAGUACAGAAGGUGAUCGUCCUGCCCAGAGAUGAUCUGCAGACAGAGGAACUACUGCUAGAGGAAGUGGAGGUCUUUAAGGUCCCUACUCCCAUCACAACUAUGAAGCUUUCUUCAAAACGGCAACAACUAUAUGUAGCGUCCGCGGUUGGUGUGACUCAUCUGGCCCUGCACAGGUGUGAUGUCUAUGGCGAGGCCUGCGCAGACUGCUGUUUGGCCCGGGACCCUUAUUGUGCAUGGGACGGCAAGUCCUGUUCUCGGUACUCAGCCUCACAGAAGAGACGCAGUCGGCGACAGGAUGUGAAAUACGGGAAUCCCAUACGGCAGUGCCGAGGAUACAAUUCCAACACUAAUAAGAACACUCUGGAGACGGUGCAGUAUGGGGUGGAGGGCAGUAGCACGUUUUUGGAGUGCCAGGCCAGAUCACCACACGCUGUCAUUAAAUGGCAUCUCCACCGAGACAACAGCGAUAAAAGGAGAGAGGUCCGUACUGAUGGGCGCGUGUUGAAGACGGAUCAAGGUUUACUACUGCCUUCCCUCCAGUCCUCAGACUCUGGCAUCUACAUCUGCACAGCCACCGAGAAGAACUUCAAGCACACCUUGGUCAAACUUCAGCUGGUGGUCUUGACCAACCAGGCCGUCAACAACAUCCUGGUGGAAACAGGCCGUCCGGCGGCUUCUUCGCUCCAAUCCAGCACCUGGACCCCCAGCUCUGGACAGUACAAAGACCUUCUGACCAUCCUCAGUCAGCCUGAGAUGGGCCUCAUAAACCAGUACUGCCAGGACUAUUGGCAGUACGGAGACCCGCUGACGGGGGUCAUCCAGGCCCAAGAUCUCAAAGAGCUGAAGGAACAGAAGAAACCACGGAAUCGCAGACAUCACGGGGAUGAAGAGGAGACAUGAGGGGGUUUCCACCCCCCGGUCCUAUAGGAAAGACUUCUAAAAGAGUAAAACCUGAAAAAAAAAAAUCUUCCAUCAAAUGAAACGAACUUCACAAGCAACAAACGGAAUUCCAUCUCUUAGCAGAUAAAGAUGAUAUCAUACACAGUAUUUAUUGUAGGUUGUAUAUAGUACCAUUCUGUGGAUUUCUUUGUACUUAAAUAGAAAAAUGAAUGCUCUUUGUGUAUAAGUACCUAACGGGCAAAUAUUAUUGUAACAUUAUUUUUAUUGUCACAACUACAAACAGAGCAAGAGAAAUCUUCAUUUUCCAUCAUUCGGGCAUUGACGAUUCAUUUAUAAAUGGACAUAAACUCAUAGACUAUGAACUAUGUUGAACUGAAAUGGUUAAGGAAAGAGCGACUGGGAGCAAUUCUUCCCCCUUGGACUCUUCACACAGAAAGAAAUUUGGAAAAGGCGGGCAGGACACGCUGACAUCAUAAUGCUCCUCACCACUAGUCCCACCCCUAAGUGCAUUCUGGUCCCUCAUUGGUUACAAUGAUACACCAGCUCAUAUUGUCUUCCUAAUGUCACUCUAUAUGCACACACAUCUGUUUCCGGUGCGCAAAUGUUUAAGGUCAUCCAGUUUCAUGGCACAGAUUUAUUUUUUAUUUUUUUGUGACUGGACUCUAGUUAUGAGGGCUCUUAGUAAGCUUUUAUUGUUUUUUAUGCCACUUUUGAAAAGACUAAAAGCACAAAACAACUUGCAGCACGAUGAUGCCAUAAAUGCACAAAUGUGAAAGCAUGUCCUGGUCAUAUUUCACCUUUUAAAUGUAUUUUUUUUUAAUAUUUUUUUUAUUUCAAUUAAUUUAAAUUUAAUCCAUACGUUUUUCCCAUUAAGUUAUUCGUUUAAAUCAUUGUUUUCAUAUAAUCAUAUUUCCCCCAAUAUUUUAUUUUAUUUAUGGUAUUACGAUAAUUUCAAAUUACAAGUCUAGAUGAACAAAUACUAAUAUUAUUUAAAUAUUAUUUAAAUAAUUUAAAUAUUUGAAUGAGAUUUUUUUUUUCUAUUAUGAUCGAAAAUUGUUAUUGGUAGUUAAGAAAAGGACCUUUUUUAAAGCUACACACACACAUACAAAGAGGUGAAAUAUGAUCUGGUACUGUUUUGUGAGAUUGUGACUCAUAGCCUAAAAAUUCAUUUAGAUAGACUGGUGAAUGCUGCAAUAUUAUAAAAGACACAUCCUGAUAUAUGACAAAAGCUACAUUCAUUUUCAGAAUGUGUUCACACAGGUUUAAACUACUCGAAGUCUUGGGAAGCUGGUUUUUCGUUGUGUGCAUGAUUUAUCUAGUGGUAUCGUAAUAACGAAAUGAAACAUAGCUACGUUGCAGUUCUUUCUGUUCAUAUGUUUUUAUGGUCAGGUCAGUGUUGGAUAGAAGGCUGAUGGUCUUCCUCUGCAUGGCUUACACAGGCAAAACAGAGGACAACUAUACACCUUAAAAUGAUGACUGUUUCCUCAACAGUUAAUGGUAUUGUCUCUAUUCCUGCAAAGCACCACAUGGCCCCAAAAACCAGUAUGAAGCAGUGUCUUAAUUUGAGAGAAUAUGGUUGUACAAUUUCUUGGUAUUUUUAAGAUGUGUCUUUAGAAAUGUUUGUGUUUUUAUUUUGUCAUCAAUUUGAGACUAAAUGCACAGGUGAUGUUACUGUAAUAAUUGUGUAAAUGAUUGUCUUUCCCCACUUGCUGUUGCUAACUAAUAAAUUAAAGCUCUAUAUUUUAUAGUAA